UUGAACAAGACUUUCCUGAAGAAACUACUUCUACAGUAUACUACUUGGAAUUUCCUAACACCGACAACCCUACUGGAACUAUCUAUACUCCUGCCCAAAAACAAAAACAAACUAUUUUUCAUCGAUAUACUCAACACGAAUUUAAUAAUUUAAGUCUCUACGAACAAGAACUAAAUAACGGAGUUCAAUCUACUGACGGAAUAAAGGAACUUUUUAAAUUCCGACAAAACAAAGGCUUUGAAGCACACGAGUUUUUACACGAGUCAAAUCAAUAUAUUCUUCGAAACAAAUACAAUACAAGGCCUGAUCCUAGUUGUCAAGUUUGCAAUCCAGUAACCAGAUGUAAUUUACCUGCCACAUUCUUAAGAUUUUGGGAUUGGUAUAGAAACAAAUACAGAGCCAUCUCUAUUACUAGUUAUACUGUUGAAAAUUUUGAAAAAGCUA